AUGUCUCUCUUCAUUUCUACCGCUUACGCCGUUGACUGCGAAGUCAUCGACAUCGGAGGCAGCACCAUGAACCUCACUUUCGUUGACGACCAACUCCCCAAGGCCUUUACAGGUAAGGGCGAUUUCCCCAAGGAAGUUGCUUACACCACUGGUAUGGAUAAGUGGAACGCCAUUGCUGACAAGUCUUACCAGACUACCGACGAGAUGUCCAUAAUCGAGGCCACCGCUGCCAAGGUGGUCAGUGAGCUCAAGGCUGGAACUCACAUCAUCGACCUCGGUGCCGCCAACAGCAAGAAGUUCGAGCCCUAUGUCCGAGAAUUCAUUGCUCAAGGCAAGGAAUGCGUCUACGUCGCUCUCGACCUUUCUCGUGAGUCUCUAGUUGAGCACAUCGCCAAGGCCAAAGCCACCUUCCCUGGUGUCAAGUGCAUUGGGCUCUGGGGCAGCUUCGAGCAGGGCGAUGUCUACUUCAAGCAGACUCGCCCUGUCGCUCGCCUCUUCCUCUCUCUUGGUAGCAUUUUCUAUAAUGCUCCCGAUGGUAUGGCUAAGGAUCGCUGCAUCGAGUUCAAGGGCCAUCUCACUGCCAAUGAUCGUCUGAUCGUUGGACAGGAUGGUCCAACCGGUGCUGAAGCCAGCAACACCCAUGCUGCCUACCAGACUGAAGAAUACGAUGCUUUCUUCACCAACUACCUUCAGGGUCUCCAGGGCCAUGCUGGUAUCAAAGGGGCUAACCCCAAACUUGCUUGGACAGUCGAGAGUAAGAUGUCCAAGGCCAUGCACUACUUCGAUGUUACCGCCAUCCAGAACAUGUUCUGCGAGGAGUUUAACAUCAAGAUUUCGGCUGGCACUGUCUACCAGAUGUUCAAAUCUUGGAAGCGCUGCGAGGCUGAGAUCCAUGAGCUGACCAACGCGGUCGGUCUCAAGAUCGAGACUCUUGGCAAGGCCGAGAACUCUGGCAUGCGCCAGUACAUCAUCAAGGCUUAA